AUGUUGAAAGAAAUUGCUAAGCAUGAGAUACUUAUUUCCAUGAUAUAUUGUGCAUCAUUUGCAUCAGAUGGUUGUCUUGCUGGUGUUGUGAGCAAAAGAUCCUUGUGGAACGAUGGCCAUUUACCCAAAUCAGUGAAGCUAGAGGAUAGGGGUAGAAAUCGAGAUCAUGAGAGGGAAGACAGAGAUAAAGACCAUGACGACAGAGAAAGGAAUAGAUCUGACAGAGGUUUUGGGAGUAAAGAUAUAGUUGGACAGAAGAUGCCUUUAUAUUCAAGCAAAGAUAAGUAUAUGGCAAAACCCAUUCAAGAACUAGACCUCUCUAACUGUGAGAGCUGCACACCCAGUUAUCGGCUUCUGCCGGAUAAUCAAGUCAGAGAAACAGAGGUUGGUGCUGAAGUAUUGAAUGAUCAUUGGGUGUCCGUCACUUCAGGAAGUGAGGACUAUUCUUUUAAACACAUGCGCAAAAACCAGUAUGAAGAAAGCUUGUUCCGAUGUGAAGAUGACAGGUUUGAACUGGACAUGUUGUUAGAAUCUGUGAAUGCAACCACUAAAUGCGUUGAAGAACUACUCGACAAGAUCAAUGACAAUGCAAUUAAGCCAGACAGCCCGAUUUGUAUUGAAGACCAUUUUACAGCUCUGAAUUUAAGGUGCAUUGAACGUUUGUAUGGUGACCACGGACUUGAUGUGAUGGAUGUAUUAAGGAAGAAUGCACCUCUUGCCUUGCCAGUUAUAUUAACACGCUUGAAACAGAAACAAGAAGAAGUGGGCAAGGUGUCGUUCUGA